GCGAGUCAGACCUCGAGUGGGAACUCCCGCCGAACGUGCCCAGAGGACCGCGAGUCGUCGGACCGAAAAAGUGCCAAGUUUUUUAAGUAGUCGACCCCUCCGUGGCCCGUAAUCUCUCGGACGGUCCCCGCGAGCGAGACGGACGGAGAAGGAGCGCGAGAGGAAGACCCGCGUAUCCGCCCACCGCGCCGGUUUUUGUCUCCUAACCUCCUUCUCGAGCCGGCGCGCGCACGCGUAACUACGAGAAAACGGCUGACCAGUGGCAGUUUUUGUGCUCCGAGUUGACGGCUCCUCGCGCGACCCUCUGCGCACCUCCUGCGCGGACCCGAGCGCGACUUCUACCCGAGACCGGAGCGCCGGCGCGCGCUCCACCUCGCGCUCUGGACCCCUGAGACGCCCGACGCGGUGGACCGCCACGGCCCCUGACGCGCGACAUGUCGACCGCCGUCAUGAGCACCCUCAUGUUCGAGGCCGGGGAGCACAUCUUUCAGAAUGGCUCAAGAUAUUUCUCUCCGUCUCCGAAUCUGAAAGAAAACCUGGCAAUCCUGCGCACUCCUAACCUCGGCCUCAACGCCUCCCAGUCGAAGCCGAAGGAGCAGGCGAACCACGCUCCCCUGAGGCGCAGCUACACCUCCCUGGUGACGCUGAUCGAGCAGCACCGCAAGCUGGACCGCAGCGUCAGCGAGCCGACGUCGCGCUACAAGACGGAGCUCUGCCGGCCCUUCGAGGAGAACGGGGCCUGCAAGUACGGCGACAAGUGCCAGUUCGCCCACGGUUACAUGGAGCUGCGGAACCUGGCGAGGCACCCCAAGUACAAGACCGAGCUGUGCCGCACCUUCCACACGAUCGGGUUCUGCCCGUACGGACCGCGGUGCCACUUCAUCCACAACUUCGAGGAGGCCCGGAUCCACAACCAGAAGGUCAGCGCCCAGCUGGGCUCGACGCAGCCCAACAUCAUGGGCCUGAGCCCGAUCCUGGCGGGCGGGACGCACGCGGCCCACGCGGCCCACGCGGCCCACCACGCGGCCCAUGCCGCCCACGCGGCCCACCACGCCGCCCACGCGGCCCAGGGCUCCGUGAACGCGGGCCUCCUGGAGCAGAUCGCGCCUCCCCAGGCUCAGGCACAGGCUGCCGCCCCUCUGAUGAGGACCGCCUCGCUCAGCCUGGCCGGAACGGCCGGCGCCGGGAGCGCUCCCUACAACCCGCCGCUCCUCAGGGCGAACAGCCUGAGCCUGGCGCCCAGCCACGGGCACCCUCAGUCCCAGGUCGUCGGGGCCAGGCCCAAGCCUCUGAACCUGAGCCCCACCUUCUCGCUGGGCAGCACGGCCGACUCCGUAUCUCCCUCGUCCAGCCUGAGCCAGUCACCCACGAACUCUAUGGCCAGCUUCUUCAACGACGAGAACGUCCCCACCACGCCCUUCAGCUUCGGCCAGGACUUCGGACUCCUCGCAAGGCAGAGCCCCAGCCCCCAGGGGGGCGUCUGCAGCCCGAUCUCCGACGACCUGUCCCCCAGGACGCCCUCGCCGCUCUCCCCCAACGCCGAGUCCCGUCUGCCGGUCUUCAACAGGAUCAGCAGUACGCUCGGCGACUUCGAGAACCUCAAGAUCUAGGGGCCGAGCGACCCAUCCUGAUGCCAGGGGACACGUGGACGAGGCACCUCGGGGACCGGCUGGACGUCGGCGCGCCGACGGAGGGACGCGACGUCCAGCGUUAAGGGUCUCUCCGGUGUGUUCUUUAGCCUUCCUGACGAGAAUGACGAUUCUAGCCGCGCCUUUCGUUAGGUUCUCCGUAUCGCGACUCUCGGAGUUUCCUUCGCCCUUCUUUGGCGCAUCCGCGGGUUUUCCCCUUCGUCGUCAUAUUUUUCUUUUCUUUUUUUUUUUUUAAUCUCCUUUUUCUUAUUUUGACUCCACGCGUUUCUCGCGGCCCAGAGCCAGGCCCGGCUUCUUAUUACUCCUUUCUUACCCAUCUAUUAUUAUCGCUAUCCAGCUAUUAUUAUUCUAUUAUCUAUUAUUAAUAUUAUUAACGUUAUCUGGUACUCCAUUACGCUCGGCCUCUUCUCGUCGUUUUACGGAGUGGCCGCGGUUAUCCUUACCGUUGACGAUAUCGACGCGGAGGACGUUUUUAUGUAGGUUAAGAAAGAAACGAAAGCGAGUCCGGCUACGCUCCCAGACGGGGGAGAGAGAGAGAUAUAUAUAUAUAUCGAAGGAGAGCGAGAGAAAGAGAGGGAAGGGGCGCAAACGAGUUUCGCUCUCCUUCGAGAAGAACUCACUCCCCCUUUGUCUCGCUUUUAAGCCUCUCCCUCUCCCGCUCUUUUCCACGGUUUUCGCUACGAGGACCGGUACUCUCGCCCUUUCCGUUUCUCUCCCCCGAAGGGAUAGGAGACGGGGGAGGAAGAGAGGCGUCGCGACGCUCCAUGCUCACCCCCCGAGGGGGCGAAGAGACGGAAAGAGAGGGAGCGAAAACGAGGAAACGAGGGGAACGGAGACCCGCCGAGAGAGAGAUAUAUAUAUUUAUAUAUCGUGUUAGAAUCAAAGAUUACGCGAACGAAAUUAAAAAUUAGGGGCUAAUUACUAUUGUCUUCCAAUGCUUGCGAGAGAAUGUGCGCGAGUGGCCGAGUGAGAGAGAGAGAGAAUGGGAGGGAAUGAUAUGUAGGGAGUGUGAGAGAGAGAAAGAGGGAGCGAAUGAUGCGGAGAGCGUGCAACAUUUACAGCAUCUACGUAUAGGUUAGGACUUAACGUCGAGGUUGUCGACGAAAUCAAGUCGAGAAAGUCCUGAGAGAGCAGGUCGGAAGGAGAGAGAGGGACGACGCGGGGACCGCGCGUGUCCGAGAUUGAUAAAGAUGAUGGAUAUAUAUGUAUAUAAUUAUAUAUACACGUAUAUACAUAUAUGUUAUUACGCGAUAUCUAUUUAUGCGCGAGGCGGUCGGCCAUUAAGUGGAGGCGCCGCGAAUGUGACCGAAAACGCUCCGGCCUCGCGAUUGGCCCAGCCAAUCGGAAACGUAGAACGCGACCGCGAUCCGCGAGGGACGUGUUCGCGACCCUGAUAACGCGUGCUCGUUCUUCGUAUACAUGCGUAUACGUACGUGGACGUAUACGUAUGUAUCGACGACCACGCCACCCUGACGAGCGGCGAUGAUUACGAUCGGGACGACGCCAACGAUAACGCCGACGAACGAGAGACGACGAGGACGGUCAUUAAUAUUAUAUAUAUAUAUACAUAUAUAUAUAUAUACUACUUCUCGAGAUAUAACUUUGUUCUUUCCCGUUAAAACAAAAAUGUGAUAUGUAACUAUUGCAAUAGAAAUAUUAACUAUUAUUAAAAAAAAAAAACAUAUUCUAUUAAUACGCGCGAGAUAUGGGGGAGAGACGUCGGGAGGUGCGCGGGAGGGAGGCGGGGGCGAGACUGGGCGUUGGGAGGGAACGAGUGAUAAAGGGCGAGAUUAGAGAGUGGACGAGAUGACUUUCUUUUUUUUUUAUUUCUUUAUUCCUCUCUCUCUCUCUCUUUUUUUUUUUUGGUUUCCAAUUCUCUCCCUGGUCUCGACGCCCUGACCCCCUCCUUGCGCCGUUUAUUAUACCUCUGCCAAGCACAUUUCGCGGGAAUAGGAGAUGGGAGGGAAAGAGAGAGAAAUACUAGUGGACAGGAGAUAGGAGGUGAGAGAAUGGCUUAUAUGGAAGAGAGAAAGAGAGCGGGUGUGCCUGAGCGCGACGUGGUUUCCGAAAAUCGAUUACAUUUUGUAUAUAUACUUCUUUUACAUUUAAAUGGAAAGAGCAGAAAGUGUUUUCGUUUUAUUUAUAUUUGAAGCAAAUGUUAUUAUAGAUUUAGUUUAUUAUUAAUAUUAUUAUUAACUAUUAUCGCUAUUACCGCCACACCGUUACUAGUGUCCGACCACCGCCCCACCCUCCGGUACUUUUACUACCCCCCCCGCUGCCACUAAUCCGCCCCUCCUAUAUUAUGCCAUCGGGACCCGUUACUUUUUAUUAUCACCCUCCACAUUGUUCAUACACUUCGUUUAAUUACCUUCCUAAGAAUUGCAAACCGAGGAACCGACCUGAAAUCCCCGUUACCUUCGAGCCUUUUCUUUUCCUCCCUCCUCCGCCAUCGAUUACUUUUCAUUUCUUCUACUAUUAUCUUCCGCCCCUCGAACACCCGAUAAUUAUCGUUAUUAUCGAUAAUCCUCCAUACCUACGCACUUCCGUAGCCGCGCAUCAUUUUGCUAUCGGGUACUGCCAUUGUUAAAUAGUUGUUCACACAUUUACCCACGUGUGCGUGACGUUGUCAGCGUUGCUCUGGCUCGACGAAAGGGUUAUCGCGAACCCUCGUAGACUCACGGACAAAGCGAAAAAGAGAAAAAAAGGCCCUGCCCUCUAAUUUAUCGACGACCCGACACCAACCCUUCCAACGUCUAUCUCUCUCUCUAUAUAUAAAUGUAUUUAACGAUUAUUUAAUUUUCCUUUUUUACGCCAUUCGGAUACCGUUCAUCUCUUCUCCUUGGUUCUCCUCGGUUCUGCUUUAACUCAUUGCACGCGAGGUCUCCGUCCACGCGAUUCGCCAAAUUUUGCAAGAACGGAUAAAGAGGCGCGCGGCUUCUUUUUUUUUUUCCCCUUUAAGAUGCGCUUUUAUUUUUGAGCAUAUUGUUUUUUUUUUCUCCCGCCAAGACGCGGCAAAGUCGACGAACAAUGAUCGCGAGAACGGAGGCCUGGCAAGCGAGGGGGAUGGGCAGCGAAAAAGGGAGGAUCGGGUGAAAUUCUAUUUCCUUUUCCAUUUUAUGGUGAUCCGCGAUCGGCGACUAAGGGUGACGCGAUUUCCUCAUUUUCUUUUAAUUUCCAAUCAACGGCACUCUUCGAGCGGGGAGAAAGGAAAAUGGCCGCGUUCUAGUUUCGAUUGGACGAGCGUCUCGUAACACGGGGGAGAGUUGACGCGACAGAGGAAAGGGACUCUUUCUCGCACGUCCUCUUUUUAGUUAUAUCCUUUUAUGCGGCCCGACUUUUUGCAGUUUAAUUUUUUUUUUUCCUUUUUAACGAGGAUCGCGAAGACGACUUCGCGUCGCUCGACGUACGAAUUAGGCGCCCCCCGUUGCAUGCGCGGCCACCUCGCCCCCGGAUUUCCGACCCUUGGGGGAGGUCCCGGGGCGAGGCGACCGAGGGGUUUCGUUUCUCUCCCUUAGGGUCGCCUACUCUCUCCCCGUCGUCCUUUCUUCCCCGCCUCGACGGGCCGGCCGCGGUUUCCUCGGCGGACGAAUUCGAAAAGCCCGCCCUUCGUCCGCCUCUGUCCACCCCGAGUACGCGAACGCCACCCACCCAC